AUGAACCUAUGGAGGAGGUUGAGCCACAAGAGGCGCCACAAGAGGAGAGAAGAACUCCCUAUAUGUGGAGCUAGUUCUCAAGAACAUGCACUUGGCCAAGCUCUUCUCUUAUGCUCGGCCGGAUUAACUCUAUCGCGCGACAAGAACCGUCCGCGCGACACGCACGGGCAGAGAAGGAACAGGCCGCGAUUGGCCGGAUUUAUGUAUCGGAACGGACCGACCGUGCUGGAAUCAGGGUCUGAAAACAUGAACUAG